AAAUAAGAUAACCUCUAAACUUUAUAAAAUUACAAUCCUCAAUAAAAUGAAAGAUAAGCACAAUUUGAUGAUCAAAAGGAAAAUAAAAAAAUAAUCACCCAAAAAAUUUCAAAAUUUAGAAGAUUAGUUAAGUUCGCCAUUAAUAACCAAUGAGAUCCUAUUAUAAAAAUAUCCUAGCUAUUGCCCAAGUGAAAUCUCAAGUCCUGAUUCUGCACUAGAAGAACCUGGUAGUAUGUUAGAAUUCUUGCUUCAUUUAGAGAAUUCUAACUACUGUCCUUUCAUCUGAAUUUGUUGAUAAUAUUGAGUUAUUUAUUAUUAUUAUCUCUCUAACAAGACAAAAA